GGGGGGUGUUGAUAAAACUACGGUCUCUCUCCCAGCGCUCAGAGCGCUAUUUUCUGCCAGGCUUUGAAGCGGACUGAGAGAGAGGAGAGGGAGAAGCAGGCUUCAUUCAUUAUAGCGCCGUUACACACGUCUACCAUCCCUAAAGCGUGGACCGGACAGGCGUAAAGUUUUUUUUAUCCAGGAUCUGAAGAGGCGACUUCAGUGGGAAAGUUAAACGUCUCUAAUAGUAGGCUAAAAUAUAUGUUGCGUUUGUUUAAGACGAGGCAUCGCAUCGUUGCAGCGCUGAUACGUUUGCAGAACCUCUUCUUAGUUGGGAAGUCAGUUUCACAUAGUUGGCUACUCAGUGACAUUCGCAUCUUUUCGGCUGGAAACCUUGACGGACUAAAUAACGUGAUUUAGUUUGUGUUUAGCACGCUUGUGGGAUUUUAACUGGAGACGGAGUUCUUUACAUGCAACAGUAUUUUGUAUGAGAAAACCAUGGCACAACAGAACAGAAACGGAGGGACUUCAUUAAACAACAACAACGGCAUCGAUAACACCAAGAGGAAACUGUUGAUAGGACUGGACCUCUUCUGCCUGCUACUAGUCAUGCUGCCAAGCCUGGUUCUCCACCGGUCCUCAGUGCGUCCAUACCAGCGUGGAUUCUACUGCAGCGACGUCAGUCUGCAUUACUCCUACAAGAACUCCAUCAUCCCCUCAUCCGUCCUCACUGCUGUGGGGCUCAUAGUGCCCAUUGUGGCCAUUGUUAUAGGAGAGUGUUACAGGAUUCACCAUCGCAGAGAGGGAUCUAAGUCUUUCAUUGGGAACCCUUAUGUCUCAUCUCUCUACAAACAGGUUGGAGUGUUUAUAUUUGGAUGUGCCAUCAGCCAGUCGUUCACAGACAUUGCCAAGGUGUCAGUGGGCAGAAUGAGACCUCAUUUCCUGGAUGUGUGUAAUCCUGACUGGUCAGCCAUCAACUGUUCCCUUGGAUACAUCACCUCCUACACCUGUAAUGGCCCUGAGAGCAAAGUACAGGAGGCCAGGAAAUCCUUCUUCUCAGGACAUGCCUCCUUCUCUAUGUUUACUAUGCUCUACCUGACUUUCUAUCUCCAGUCCAGGUUCACGUGGAGAGGUGCCCGGUUGCUCCGCCCCCUCGUCCAGUUCACGCUGCUGAUGAUGGCAUUCUACACCGGCCUAUCACGUGUCUCCGACCACAAGCACCACCCCACAGAUGUACUGGCCGGCUUUGUACAGGGCGCCCUGGUGGCCUACUGCAUAGCCCACUUCCUGCCCAGUCUUCCCGGUUUCCUGUUUGGCCCGAUGAUGUCAUCAGGACCUCCAUAUCUCUUCCUCCCUCUCGGGAGACCAAGGGUGUUCUAUGUAUCUGACCUGUUCAAGCCGAGGGUGAAGCCUGCCUCACCCCCUCCCUCCCCCAUCAAGAAGGAGCUCCUCCCCCCUGCAGACAUCAUCGAGCGGAACAACCACCACAACAUGGUGUGAGACAGGCCCCGCCCCUUCCCAUGACCGAGGAGCCUAUCACAGCACUGUUUGCCUCCCAUUGGACAGUAGAAUGUAGCGACCAGAGAGACUGUCGCCGUGUCUCAUAUCACACUCUGUUCCUUAUGUAGUGCACUACUUAUCACACACUGUGGUCCAAAGUAGUGCACUACUUAUCACGUGCUGUGGUCCAAAGUAGUGCACUACUUAGGAAAUAGCCUGUUAUUUGAGACCUGCCCUGCAGAGACCACUCUCACUAUCCAGAUUCUUUAACUACUAUUGUUAUUACUACUAUUCUGAUUUGAGCCCAAGUUAGAGCAAAAUGAAGACUCAAAAGCUAAAAGACAAGAAGUUCCAGACAGCAGUGCAGAGCCACUGAAACAGAACACUUUGUAACUACACAAAGGGAAAGAAGUGUAAAAAUAAAUAAAUGAAUGAGUGAAUGAAUGAAGCUAGGAAAGAAAGACCGUCUCUGUCUGAGGCCUUGACAUAGGAUAACAACUUCCUUAGUGAUAGGAACGAUAUUACUGCAAAAGGACUAGCAAACGACACAUACAGUAUAUGAGUAACAAUAUAGAGCAGAAUAACUUACAGCACUAUAAUCCAGUUGACUGUCAAUUAUCACUACUCACCACCAGAUGGAGCAGCUAUUAGAACACUUGUCGAUGAUCACGUAGAGCAGGGGUGUCAAACUCUUUCCAUGGAGGGCCUAGUGUCUGCUGGUUUUUGGUCUUUCCUUUCCAUUAAGACCUAGACAACCAGGUGAGCGGAGUUUCUUAAGAAUGAGUGACUUAUUAAUAAAUUCAUCAAUCAAGUACAAGGGAGGAGCGGAAACCCGCAGGCACUCUGCCCUCCGUUGAAUGAGUGUGACACAUGACGUAGACAGAUAAAGUAAACCUGUAAAUAGUUAACUUGUCCACCAGCUACUGACUACUACUGGAGAAGGAAGAGACCUGGAGAGGAACCAGACCCAUACUACUCUAGCUCCUACCACCAAGUAGAAGUUUGGACUAGUCUAGUUCUCAGUUCGACAAGGCUCUUCUAGCUGCCCCUCUGGGUAACCUAACCUGGGAUGAUGCUUUCUGAAAGAGGGGGGUGGAUGAAGCAGGGGUUCUUGAAAGAGAGAUGUUAAAAGAGUAGGGAUAUUGAUUGGUAUUAGUUUGGGGGAUUCGGGGGAGGAAGAGGAGGGGGAGGUAAAUAUCUCUCAGCCACCUGUCACCCUGUCUGGGGGCGUGGCUGUGCCAUGCUGCCGCUUGAUUGGCUGCGUAUGUGGGGGUGUGGUCUGUCACCAUGGACACAUGGUUGAUUGACAGCUAAACUGGGACAUUAUGGGAUAGGGGCUCUUUCCGCUGGCAGGGAGGGGCUCUGGCCCAUCCAAUCACUCGUUAGCGGUAUGUAUGUAUGUGUCCUGUGUGUCACUGUGUUGGUGUCUGCCAGUGUGUCUGCUUUUGUGUAUGUGUGACGUGUAUAGGUUGGUGUGUCCUGUGUAUUUGUGUGUGUGUCUUUGAUGAACCCUCCGGGUAGUGUGUGUGUAGAAUGAACCCUCCUCACACACCAUUGUCUGUGCCAAGAACGUGUGCCACUAUGUGUGUGUGUGUGUGUGUGUGUGUGUGUGUGUGUGUGUGUGUGUGUGUGUGUGUGUGUGUGUGUGUGUGUGUGUGUGUGUGUGUGUGUGUGUGUGUGUGUGUGUGUGUGUGUGUGUGUGUGUGUGUGUGUGUGUGUGUGUGUGUGUGUCAGAGAGGGCCAGAGGUGGAGGACUGAGACCCUGUCCAGAGAACGUUAGAAAACUGUGGAUUUAAUAUUUGUAUUUUCUGCUACGAUGCAUCUUUAACAUGUUCAGUGCCAGUCCAGUCAUGUCAUUAACUAACUGCUCCCCAUCAGUCAUUUUAUUUUACACUUCAGCUUACUCAGGGCAAAUCUCAAAUGGCAUGCUAUUCCCUAUAGGAUGCACUUCUGGCUAAAAUAAGUGCACUAGAUAGGGAAUAGGGUGCCAUUUUGGAUGGGGCCUAAGACAUCUUCUCAACAUCACCACUUCAAAACGUUGCACAUCUUUCUAAUCACGUUUAGUCCGUCCCAUCUUUUUGGCAAACCCUUUCCUUUUCAUUUUAUAAAUAUAUAAAUAAUGUAUAGUUCACAAAUAUUAACUGUGUAAGAUAUUAUUUCUUAUGUUUAACUAUUGUCCACUAUGAAACGACAACCUCUGUUCUCUACCAAGUGCUGCUUAAAAAGCAUUGAUUUACAGAUUUUAAAAAAUUUAGUUAACUCAAAUAUUGUAGAUUUGUGGUAGUAAGUUUUUAAUCUGCAUUGAAAACAAACCUACAAUUGUAUUAAAAUUCACUAUUAGUAUUUUUGUAUUGUCUCAUUUUGUACAAAAUAAAUAUUAGCAACAUUUUUGUUUCUGCUUAAUGUACUUAGCUCUACUACAUGUGGUUUUAAAUAAAAAUCCCGUUAUAAACACAA